AACAAAACAGGAACGGACCAUUUGAAAAGCAAAACAAAAAUCGAGAUGCUAGCUCGGUGCAGGCUAAAUCCAUGGAUAGAGAACUUGAUCGGGAGCUUUGGCAGAGAUGAAGGCAAAAGCAUUGGACCACUCAAGGCACAUGUUAUUGGGGUCGGUUACAUGUCGCAAUCGCAAGCGCUGGGCUCAGAGGAUCCCACCGGGUUACUCUUUCUGUCUGAUGAGCAAGUGCAGAUUCCAGCCGUUCUCACUGCGUCAGCCUGGGAAAACCUCCAGGACCAUGAAGACCGGGAGUGUUUCAGCAGUUUGCUCAACACCACAGUGGGCAUCCAGGAUUAUAAGCUGCAAUUUCAUAGGUCCGAGGAGCAGACCCGGAGCCGUUUUUAUCUGUUAGUGGGAAAGCUGGUUACAACGGCAGUGGGGGUCAGGGACAACACUCCCUGCUGCACUAGUCUACCCUCCGUCCGGAGUAUGAUUUGUCAGACAUGGCGUGCUAUGUUGGGGCAAGAGGAUUCCGAAAAGGGCGAGAGCAUGUUGAACCUUACAGAACUACUUGGGGAAUGGCAGCAGGAUUGUCUGCAGGCUGAGCUGGAACACGUCAGAGAAAUAUUCAGCUCUGAGAAACCACAACCCUCCACUUCGUCAAUAAAUUCCACUCCCUUGCCUGAUACAUGCACUGCCACUAGCUGGGACAUUGAUACUGUCAGAUACAAGGGGAUCAAGAGCUUUACUGUCUCAGUAAAACAGCUCAUUAUCCCAGACAAUGUGGGACAGCAACAUCUAGAACCAAAAACUGUCUCAGAGAAUGUGAAGACCUCACAGUCAAAGUCCACAAAUUUACAAUCAACUUUACCUAAAACUGGACAGCAGAGUACAACUGAUGAUGUGUCUAAUUCCAUUGCGUUUGCACCUGUAGUACUGAAUACUGCUAACAUGAGUCCCAUGUCCAACCCUUGGGACAUAUGUCCUCCUCCCAGCAACACUUCUUCGACCAAGUCCACCCCUGAAUUCACACCAGUUCCUUACAGCUCCAUCUUCAAUGAGUCCACCAGUAACCUCCCCCAUUUGGACCCCAGCAGACAGAUUUCAACCCACUCAAAAGGGUCCCAGAAACUUACAGCAGAGCCCAGUUUGUUUCCACCUUACCAGAGAUCUGCCUCAGCGCUCCCCCUAUCCAUCUCCUCAAAAAAGUCUGCAAAUGCACUGUCCAACAUGUCUCAAGUUGCUGACCCCGACUUCUCCACAACAGAAGAAACAUCAGAUGGACAGUCUAGCAGAAAAUGUAAAAGGUCUUUGAGGAAGAGAAGUGCUCCUCCCAUAGAUGUGACUGAGAUUUUGGAUGAGGAGGAGAUCAACAGCAGCCCUCCGUCAUGGCUGUUUGACUCCCAGAUAGGGGCCACAUCUGUGCAGAACACCUUUCAGCUGCAGAGUCCCUCUGUUGAGCAGCCCACUAAUGUGCACCCCCGUGUCCACACAGAUGGCAAACCAUUUUCGUACACCUACCAGGUCAAAGAUCAGGAACUGCAGCACUUCAGCUGUUUCACUGUGCAGCAGGAUCUCCAGCAGUGGGCAGUGAGGUAUCUGCUGAGGCCCAGACACACAGAGCACAACAGCACAGGGGUAGCCGCACCCAGGGAUGAAAACAGUCACAUUACAUUAUCUUGGAAAUUGGCUGUCUAAUUUUUUUAGAUUGUUUGUUAAAAAUAUCAUUAUUUUAUACAUAUAUGUAUGUUUAUAACAAGGAUGUACAGAAGGAUGUAAAGUAUUAUGAUUACCUAUGUGUUAUGGAUAACAUUAUUAACAAUUAUAUACAUGUUAUUCAAAUACAAAAAUAUUUUCUUUUCAGCUAGAGUAAUCAACACAUGUGGUAAAAUGUUUAAAAUUGGAUUUUAUUUGUGAUAACCACCACUGUUCUGUGUACCAAAAUUACGUUGUUGCGUUGCUAUGUGAUGAUGUUAUUAAGAUUCCCUUUGAAAAUGCAGUUAUGUAAUUCUACAAUUUACUUACAUUUAAAAAAAAUCAUUGUUGACAUUAUGCUGAGUUUUAAGGUCAGAUGAAUAGCUUUAGACUGAUGUUUGUUAUUUUGUUAAAAUGUACAGUGAAAUUGAAUAAACGUUUG